GAGGAAGCGAGGCCCGGGAGGAAGGAGUGGAUGUGGCCUCCCCGCAGCCUGGUUCGCGCGUAAAGAAUGCGGCCACCUGGCGGCUCGCGGCCCCUGGACGCGCCCCGAAGGUUGAAAUUGGGCAAAGAUUAGGUACCAGUUUAGACAAGUGUUCUUGAACGCCACUGACAACACGGUUCUGGCAGUAUUUCAUGACCAUGGAUGGUGACAGUUCUACAACAGACGCUUCUCAGCUAGGAAUUUCUGCAGACUACAUUGGAGGAAGUCACUAUGUUAUACAGCCGCAUGAUGAUACUGAGGACAGCAUGAAUGAUCACGAAGACACAAAUGGUUCAAAAGAAAGUUUCAGAGAACAAGAUAUAUACCUUCCAAUUGCAAAUGUGGCGAGGAUCAUGAAAAAUGCCAUCCCGCAGACGGGAAAGAUUGCAAAAGAUGCCAAAGAAUGUGUUCAGGAAUGUGUGAGUGAGUUCAUCAGCUUUAUAACAUCUGAGGCCAGCGAAAGAUGCCAUCAGGAGAAACGGAAGACAAUCAAUGGGGAAGAUAUUCUCUUUGCCAUGUCUACCUUAGGCUUUGACAGUUAUGUAGAACCCCUAAAAUUGUACCUUCAGAAGUUCAGAGAGGCGAUGAAAGGAGAGAAGGGAAUUGGUGGAGCGGUGACAGCUACGGAUGGACUAGGUGAAGAGCUGACAGAGGAGGCCUUCACUAACCAGUUACCAGCUGGCUUAAUAACUGCAGAUGGUCAACAGCAAAAUGUUAUGGUUUAUACAACAUCAUAUCAACAGAUUUCUGGUGUUCAACAAAUUCAGUUUUCAUGAUCUGAAGAAAUGAUGGAAUGAGGAGUAGAGAGAAGCAAGUCUGUAGGAUUCUGAAGCAGAGACAUGAGGAAGACAGGACUGGGAAAGGAUGUCUCUCUGUAUAUUAAAUAGCUGUAAUGUAGCUUCCUGAUGCUUGACUAAUUGAGGUGUUAAUUCUGACUUGAGGAUCUUUUUCAUGAAUGAUUUUAAAGAAAAAUUUGGAUUUUAAAGGUAUUAAAAUAUUUUUGUUUUGUACGAGAGUUUGUUGCUCUGUAUGACUCCUGUAUGCAUUGUAUAUUGCAAUUUAUUACUGUCAGAGAUUUGUAGACAGUUUCUUAUUUUCAUAUUGAAUCAUGUUACUUUUGUAAUUCAAGUAAGCAGCUGGGUUAAUUCAUGAUGUUUGCCCUUUUAAUAAAAUAUAAGGGUAGAGUUCAUUUUGAAUGCAAGUUGCCUUUAUUAUAAAUUUGAGUUUGUCUUGGUUAUAUAUCUUGCAUGAGAACCUAGCUAGAUUUUUAGCAUUUGCCAUAUUUAUUAAAAAUAAUUUUUUGUAAAACAUUCAUAGCUUAAGCAGCACCAUUUUUUAAAAAUGUAAUUACAAACUUGAGUGUGAAUGCAGAAGCAAAUAUUGUCUGCCCCAUUAACCUUGGUGCCCAUCAACAGUGUUUACACUGUUCAUUGUGCCUGUUAAGGUAAUUUUAAGCUUAUUGGAGAUUUUGUUAAGACUGCAUUUGUUUAUUACAAGUGUUGGAAUUCAUUUAAGUUUAAUGUAGUCCUAGUGCUCUUGAAAUGGUGCCCCUUUCAUUUUAUAUAUAAGAUUUUUCCAAAACAUAUCUUCAAAUACUAUACUAUCCCUCUUCCAACAGAGGGACUUUAUAGUCUGAUGGUAGAUGUCCUCAUUUUACCUUUCUAACUGAAAUGUCAAGUUUCCUAUUAUAAUAUAGGAACCAAGAAACAUCAGACAUCGCUGUCUGUAUACUGACAUUUUUUGCAUGGGUGAGUGAGUGAAAUGAACUGCGUGAGCGCCACAGGUGGUGUGGGACAGAAGCCGCCAACUUCUAGUGUGCUGUCUUGAUCUCUGCAAUAAAGUGAACUUAGAUAAUGUAACUGUAUAACUUAGUAGUAUGUACUUGGGUUGUUCCUUUUUUAAAGAAAGGAUUUGUAUUUUUUCAUCUAUUCUUUUAGGUGAUAAUUAACUUGAGUGUGGUUUUUUAAAAAAAUGUAUCAAUAAUUGCUCUUGUACAGUUUGCCUAAAAGGGAAAGCGUGUGGUUGAAUGCGCUCUUGGAAGGACACUCAUAUUUAUGAGGUGGAAGCAGCUUCCCAGACGUAGGCUGAACAGAAACAUUUACUUUGCCAAAAGGCGCCUUUGGGGGCAUAUUUGGGCUAAUCUGAGGUUAAUAACUCCCUUACUACCCCUCCCAUUUAAAAAAUAAUCAUCACAGAGAAUUCAAGGAAGCAAAGAAGGGGAGGGGUGGUUAAACAAAAUCAGCCAUCAGCCUACUACUGUGUUGAACUAACCAGUGUUAAUAUUUUGGUAAAUAUCAUUUGUCCUUUUACUUUGCUAAAUAUAUUUUUAUAAAAAUAGGCUCAUGCUUGCUUGCUUAACUGUUUCAUAACCUGCUUUUUUCACUGAAUAUAUUGUGAAUAUCUUUUCCAGGUCAUUAGUCUUCUAUUUUUAUUCCUCCUGUUGUAUCACUGAACCAUAAUUUAUUUAAUCCUCCAUAGGACAUUUUGAUUGUAUACAUCUUUUCACAGUUAUAAACAACACCUCCCUGAA